ACGAGUUUUAAAAAUUUCGUAAACGCUAACGAGCCAGACGUGGGUUAAGUCGAGGGCUUCUUCGUUUUUAUCUCUUUGCCGGAUAUUAACCGACCUACCGUGCGGUACGUAUUGGGCCUUUUUAGGCCGCCGUUACCGCCUUACUUAACGCCGACGGAAAUCUCUGGCCUUAUAUUACCACAGUGGCCGCUUUAAAAUCCCUAAUACUUUAACCACGACCGUUAGGCCGGACCCUUCCCAUCCGGGAAUAAAAGUAAUUCUCUUCUCGCGCUCGAAACUUGGCGGCCGGAUGCCAUUAAGAUUAUCCCGGGCGAAAUCGAUCGGAAGAGCGCGACGGAGUCCGUCCUCGGCCGUUUCCGGGCCUUUACCGGCCAAGGUCCCAGUCCCGUCGGCCUUUCCCCUAUUUGCCGGCGUCUGUUUCUCUCCGCCGCGGGGGAAGCGCGGACAGAGGGGAGGAAAGACGGCCUAAUUGAAAAAGAGGCGGCGGGAUCGAUCGAGCUACGUGACUCCGGUCCCAGUUUCGCGGAAUCGCCGCGCUAUUCCCCCGUGGGACCCCAACCGCUUGGUUGUUGGCUCCGGUCGAGCCCGCAUUUCUUUCGUCUCGCUGGCCAUGUCGGUGGCGACCGCUUCCUUCCUGCUGACCCUGGUCCUCCUCCCGUGCUGUCGGGCCCCUUCGCUGCCGUCCAGAAGAGUCCGACAGGCGGUGCUUCUGUCCCGGAGGUUGGAGUGCUACGCCUGUUCGGUGGACUUCACCCGGACCUCCUUCUCGGCCAACGACAGCUGCCUGAUGCCUCCGUCCGAGUCCAACAGAAAGGCCCCCAAGAAGGACGCGCUGACCAGAUGCAGUCCCAAGGCCGCCUUCUGCCAGGUGAGUUCGUUCUCUCCGCCUCCGCCGUCCGCUUCCGGUCCAUCCACUCUCUCUCUCUCUCUUCCGCAGGCGGAGGUGACCAAAGUCAUGGGAGUGCUGACCGGAUUCGACCGUCGGUGCGCCGACGACUGCGCCGAAGCCUGCUUCGACCGGGCUCUGGGCAUCCCCCGACAGGUGUGCACCUUCUGCUGUUCCGACGACGCCUCCUGCGGCACCGACAAACUGGGCCGGCGGGCCGCCGCCGCCUCCCCACCGCCUUCCUCCUUCCUCCUCCUCCUCCUGCUGCCGUCGGCCGUCCUCCCUCUACUGUGAACUUCCCGCAAUAAACGGCGGUUUUUGCCUUUCGAUCGAAAACCCAUUUGUUUUACUCGGAACCUAUUUACCCGUUACACGAUUUGGCUCUUAACUGCCUCCGUCCGUCCGACACGCGAUCCUUAAAAGUGCCGCCGGUCGCCCCCCCGGCGCCUUCAUUCGGCAUCGGGUCCCCGGGGAGCGAUGAAGCGGAUUC